GUAAGACGCGAAACCACCACGUACUCAAGAUGUCGUGACGUGUCACAGUUUGGUGUUUACCCCAACAUCAACCAUCAGCUGGCGGCUGACAUGGCUGGGCACGGCGGUGUAAAACCUAAGGAAAGGGGGUCCCGAGCCAAAAUACCUGGGGUGCCAGACUACGGGUGGCGCGUGAAACUGGACCACGAGUUUCAAGAGGAUAUCAAGCCUUUUGUCACUCCAAGAUUACGCCAGGUUGCGCCUUUAGUAGGACUGAGUCUUAGGUAUGGUCUUUUCUGGUUAAAGAAAAGAAGGGAAGGAAAGAGGAUUUUUAUUGAUCAAGUUAAGGUUGUUCCUUACCAACCUAUAUAUGGUGCCCCUGUUGGAGGCAUUGGCUGUGGCACCAUAGGCCGAGGGUUCAAGGGAGAAUUCUGCAGGUUUCAGAUGGUCCCUGGCAUCUACCAGUGGCAUGUGGUGGAAGCUAAUCAGUUCACAGUGUGUGUAAGGAGGAAAGGACAAACAGUGUAUCAGCAGGUGUUGUCCCCCCACAGACCCAAGGGUCCUGGGCUCACUGCCUGGAAUUGGGCCUUUCAUGGAGAGUAUGCCACCUAUCAUGCCCUAUAUCCUAGGUCUUGGACAGCGUAUGACUUGCCAGGCCAGAAUAUACGGUUAAUCUGUAGACAGGUUUCUCCAGUAUUCCCUCAUGAUUAUAAGGACACCAGUCUUCCAGCAGCUGCCUUCAUAUGGAGCAUAGAAAACCAGGGUAGUGAGCCUGUAGAUGUCAGCAUAAUGUUCACAUUCAAGAAUGGUCAGGGUAUUCGGGAGGACAAGAAGGGUGGAGUGUGGAAUGAACCCUUUGAAUCCACACACAAUGCAACCAAGGUCUCUGGUGUCAUGAUACAUCAGACAUUCAAAGAAAUGGGAUGUACUUAUGCUGUGGCUGCCUCUCACAGGGAGGGAGUGCAUGUAAGUCACAAAGUCUCCUUUGACCCUAACAGUCCUGCUGUGAAUGUGUGGCGAGAUCUUCUGGAGGACGGGGAGCUGGAUUCAUGUCCAGACCCUAGUCCAAAGACUUCUAGAGGCCAGGAACUUGCCACAGCUGUGUGUGCCAAAUGUCAUGUAAAGCCUCAAAGUACACAGCAAAUGGACUUUAGUCUUACAUGGGACAUGCCUGUGAUAUACUUUGGUGCCAAGGAGCAGUUGUACUGCAGGCGGUACACUCGCUGGUUUGGCAGUUCAGGGAAUGCCUCUCCUCAUCUGGCCAGCCACACACUGAACAACUAUCAUAUAUGGGAGAAGAAGAUUGAUGAAUGGCAGAAACCAAUUGUACAGAAUAGGCACCUCCCUGACUGGUAUAAGUCUGCCCUGUUUAACGAGCUCUACUUUGUGAGUGAUGGGGGCACCGUUUGGGUGGACAAGAUGGCACACAAAAAUGGUUUCCAGGAUUCGAAAGCAGACACACCUCCCAGAGUAGAAGAUGCUCAGAAAGAUGUCAGAGACAACCCUCUAGAACAAGAGUAUGGAAAGUUUGGGUAUUUAGAAGGCCAGGAAUACAGGAUGUACAAUACCUAUGAUGUCCAUUACUAUGCAUCAUUUGCCCUGAUAAUGCUGUGGCCAAAACUACAACUCAGUCUUCAGUAUGACUUGGCUAUGGACAUACCAAGAGAAGAUCUGACACGUUUCAAAUUCUGCAUGGAUGGCAAUGUAGAUGUGGUCAAAGCAAAGAACUGUGUACCUCAUGAUGUUGGUGACCCAGAGGACGAGCCAUGGAUCAGAACAAACUGUUAUGCAAUCCAUGCCACCCAUGACUGGAAGGAUCUCAACCCAAAGUUUGUACUUCAGGUGUACAGAGACUAUCAUAUAACCAAGGACCAUGCCUAUAUGAAAAGCAUGUACCCAUGUGCCAAGGCUGUGACAGACAGUUGUCUGAGGUUUGAUCAUGAUGGAGAUGGCCUGAUUGAAAAUGGUGGAUUUGCAGACCAGACGUAUGAUUCCUGGUCUAUGACAGGUGCCAGUGCAUAUUGUGGAGGUUUAUGGCUGGCUUCACUGCACUUGAUGUGCCUAAUGGCAAGACAGCUGGGUUACUAUGGAGACGAAAAGAAAUAUAAGGAAAUACUGGACAAAGGCAAAAUCUCCUUUGAGAGAAAACUGUGGAAUGGUCAGUAUUACAACUACGACUCUGCAGGUAAGAAACAUUCGGACAGCAUCAUGGCGGACCAGUUGUGUGGACACUGGUACCUAAAGGCAUCUGGAGUGGCAGAUGACACAAUAUUCCCAGCAGACCAUGUGAAAACUGCUCUAAGGAGCAUUUACAAAUACAACGUUCUACCUUUCAAAAAUGGCACCAUGGGAGCUGUAAAUGGUGCUCGGCCCUCUGGGAAGGCUGACACCUGCGCAGUGCAGUCCGAAGAGUUCUGGACAGGGGUGAACUACGCCUUAGCUGCUAGCAUGAUACAAGAGGGUAUGUUGGAGGAGGGGUUCAAGGUGGCCCAGGGUGCCUACCACACCCUGUAUGAAUCCUGGGGCCUGGGAUUCCAGACACCAGAGGCUUACUUUGAGAACAACAGGUACAGGUCACUGGGUUACAUGAGACCCCUCAGUAUAUGGGCAAUGCAAUGGGCACUGGAGAAAUACCAUCCUGAGCUGAUGAAAGGGGAACAGCCGGAAGCAGGGGGUGACUCACGUGGAUUAACAGGGGGUGGAGAUGAAGCUAAGAGACAGAACACACACAGUGAAAAGAAUAUAUGAAUAUACCAUUUUGAUAUGACAGAAUAAGAACAGAGCUAUUUGUAACUAGCCAUAUGCUAUUAGAUAUUUAGAAUUGGUAUGUGGUGGAAAAAUUAUUUAGAGACACCAGGACAAGACAAGACAGGAAUUACUGGUGGAAUUAUGUGCACAAGUCAUAUAUUUGUCAUACUUACAUCAAAGCAUUGUUUCUUUCCAUUAGCAUUUCUUUGGUCAUGGCCCAGGCGUGGUUUGACCUCUUCGAGACUGUGAUUUAGACUGUCUCAUUCUAGAGAAGUUAGUGGCAAUAUAUGCAUUUAGAACAGAGACAGUUUUAACAUGUAGUUUUUUUUUUCUUUCAAGUAAAUCAUGAACAAAUUAAUUUGCAUGAAGAAUGAUAAAAAUAACCUCCUUUCUGCCAAAAUGUAGCAUUGUGUAUCAUGAUGGAAUGUGAUGCAGUGAAUGAAAAAAGGUAUAAAAUUUAAGAAUAUUCCAUUAAUGUGCAGUUAGAUUUUGCCCCCAUUUCACAUUAGAAUUAAAACUGUAACAUUCAUAGGCAGCCUGUAAACUAAGUCAGAACCCUAUUUAAAUAUGGUCCCAUUUAGAAUGAGAAGAUCCGAGUGCUAACUGGUCCAUGGCUUAAAUAUGGCAUGGAAGGAAGACUGCUUAAUCCUGUAAUGGUCUCUCCGCCUCUCACAUGCCUUCCCACGCAUCGUCCUUGCAGGGGCACAGUAAUUUUAAUCUCAACUCCAUUCAACCAGACGUAUGGAAAGGCGUUUGAAAGGCGGAGAGACUAUUACAGGUUUAAGCAGUCUUCUUUUCAUGUAGGGUCGGCCAUACUUGAGCCUUGGACCAGUUGAUACUGGAAUCUUCUCAUUCUGAAUGGCCCCUAUGUCUUUACCAAAGAAGGAAAUUUAUUUAUAGUAACAUAUAGGCGGUAUAUAAUAGUGAUGUAAGUUAAUUUCAGUAUUGAUUACCUAAGAUUUAUCUCACUACCAGAGAGGUGUCUUCACCUUUACAUCAACAGUGUCUGUUGAUUGAAAAUUAUAUCUGAAAUCUUUCAUAGCCACCAAGAAAGAAGUUCUUGUCUCACUCAUGUUGGAUCUUGCCAAAAUGAUAUUGUUUUGACUACAGCUGAAACCUCUCGGUUAAAGUUUUUUACAGAUGUUUUAAGCUGUUUUACAAUGCUUUAUAGAGUAUUUAUCAACUUGUUAUUCAAAUAUACUGGUAUGUUGAGGUCACGUUCCUCAUUUAACACUUGAAAUAGGCCAUUCAGGAAAUACUUCUGUACUUCACUCAAAUUUCAAUCUCUUACCAUUAAUAUAUGCUACAAUUGAUUGCGUCA